GUAGGGGAGAUCCUGAGCUCCGCGGACCCCUCGGCCAAGGCCAGGCUGACCAUCAGCUGCCCCGACUUCGGGGAGUGGAGGGACUCGGGCUUGGAUCAUCACAACCUUCAGGACUUCAUCGAGCUGCGCUACAACCCGGGCUGCAUCCUGCCGGAGAUGGAGGGGCUGGAGGAGUUCAUGGAAUACCUCUCGGAGUCGCUGGAGCCCCAGUCCCCCUUUGACCUCCUCGAGCCCCCCACCAUGGUCGGCUUCCUCAAGCUCUCCAAGCCCUGCUGCUAUAUCUUCCCGGGCGGGAGAGGGGAUUCGGCUUUCUUUGCCGUCAACGGCUUCAACGUCCUGGUCAACGGAGGCUCCAACCCCAAGUCAUCCUUCUGGAAGCUGGUCCGGCACCUGGACCGCAUCGACUCCAUCCUGGUGACGCAUGCGGGCACAGACAGCCUGCCUGGCGUCAACAGCCUGCUGCAAAGGAAGCUGGCCGAGCUGGAGGAGGAUCCGUCCCAGGGCUCGCAGGGCAACGGGGACUGGGCGAAGAACCUCAUCUCCCCGGAGCUGGGCGUCGUCUUCCUCAAUGCCUCCGAGAAGCUGAAGGACAUUGAGGGUAACUCCCGGGUGCUGAAGAGCUGCGACGAGGCUGCCCUGACCCUGCACUACCUGGAGAAGCUGGGCAUCCGUCCCAACCCGCUGGCCCGGGACAGCGGACCCCGUGCUGAGCCCACCGUCCUCUUCCAGAAGAUGGGAGUAGGCCGGUUGGACAUGUACGUCCUGAACCCUGUGAAAGGCACCAAGGAGCUGGAGUUUCUCCUGCAGCAAUGGUCAGGCAACAGCUACCCCAAGGAGCAGGACUUGCCCUUGCAGUGCCUGACCUCCGUCUGCGCCCUGCUCGUCUGGCACCCCGUCAGCCCCUCCGAGAAGAUCAUCCGGGUCCUCUUCCCCGGCUGCACCCCCCAGGGCCGCAUCCUGGAGGGGUUGGAGAAGGUGAAGCACCUGGAGUUCCUCAAGCAGCCCGUGGUCACCAAGAAUGAUUUGAAGGGACCACUGCCGUCCCAACCUGAGAAGCCGCUCAAGCAGAGGAGGGCGGAGAGCAAGGAAAGCCUGAAGUCGUCUUCCAAGCUCAGCUUGGUGGACACCGGGGCACCAGUGUCGAAGGAGAAGGCUCUGAAGGUGGAGAGGAAGGAGGUGAAGGCAGGGACCAAGGAGAAGCCAAAAUCCCUGGGGGAGACUGCUAGAGCGGGGUCGGAAGAGGAGAAAGCCAAGGAUGCUCGAGCCAAGCUGGACUCUUCGAUAGAGAAGCUGAAGGUGGAUGCAAAGCCGAAGGUGAGCAAGGAGAAAACAGUGCCCAAGAAGGAGCCUGUCCCCCGGAAAGAAGAGAAGAAGCCGCCGAAGAAGGAUGAGGGGGCCGAGGCGAAGGGGGAGGCCAAGAAGGAGGUGAAGGUGCUGAAGAAGGACGUGAAGGCUGAGACGUUGCGGAAGGACGCGAAGGAGAGCAAGGCAGAGGCCAAGGCUCCUGCCAAGACCCCGGCCCGGAAAACGCCAGUCCCGGAGACCCGCAAACCCCUGGCCAAGGCCGGCAGCAUCAAGAAACCCCCACUCAAGAAGGAGCCGGAGAAGCCCAAGGCCAAAGCCCCCCGGGAGGCAGGCGGCAAGAAGGAGCCAGGGACAUCGGACUGCUCCAAGUCCUCCUCCCCCGAGGACAUGCUGCCAGAG